CCAAACAACACUUCCCCAGGCUUCGUCCAUCCGGUGCGCGAGCAAACGAGGACGCCGUUUAACCGGGUUAACUUGGCACAACAGGCUCGGGAGGAACCGGUUGUUGUUGUUGUUGUUAUUGUCUUGAAUGUGUGUACCUGCGCUCCCCCCUCCCCCCGCCUCCAGACUACCGGUCGGAAGGCAGAGCCGAGAGGGAAAGAGCUGAGUCUUGCAGUGGGUCUAACCGACGGGAGCUAACCGCUAAGCCUGGUCGUGGAGCCGUUAACGUCAGCUGCGUCAACAUGGUGACCCUGUGCUCCGCCGCGAGACCCCUCGCCUCGCUGCUCCGCCGACACGUCCUCAGACGCGCCUGGAGUCCCCGAAUCGUGCCCGCCAGGAGAUGCAACCUCUUGGCGUGCUCGAGCAAAUAUGUGCUGUCGCAGAUACAUCCCAUGUGGCAGGAACCCCUCGCGAUACCCGGAGGCGACCGCCAGUCCCCCAUCGACAUCGCCGUGCGAAAAAGCGUGUUCGACUCUGAGCUGAAGCCCCUGGUCUACGACUACGACCCGCAGACCUGCCAGCAGAUCUGGAACAACGGCUACUCCUUUCUGGUGGAGUACGACGACACCACCGACAAGUCCACGCUCAAGGGGGGCCCCCUGCAAGACACAUUCCGGUUGUGCCAGUUCCACUUCCACUGGGGGGAGAGCAACGCCUGGGGGUCAGAGCACACGGUGGACCGGAGGCUUUUCCCUGCAGAGCUCCACCUGGUCCACUGGAACGCCGACCGCUACAGUCUGUUCGAGGAGGCAGUGAUGGAGGACAAUGGACUGGCCGUCAUUGGAGUCUUUCUGAAGGUGGGAAAGAGACACGAGGGGCUGCAGAAGCUGGUAGACGCUUUGCCUGCUAUCAGACACAAGGACAGCGUUGUGGAGUUUACCCGGUUCGACCCCGCCUGUCUGUUACCCGCCAACACUGACGACUACUGGACCUACCACGGCUCUCUGACAACCCCCCCUCUGACCGAGUCCGUCUCCUGGAUGGUUAUGAAGCAGCACAUCGAAGUCAGCCACGACCAGCUGGCGGUGUUCCGGAGCCUCCUCUUCACCUCGGCGGAGGAGGACGUGCAGAGGAGCAUGGUGAACAACUUCCGCGUGCAGCAGUCGCUCUGCAGCCGCACCGUGCGCUCCUCCUUCAGCCCUUUCCUACAGGAGGCUGACGCCGACCAGCACGCCCACUGAAGCCACUGGGCCCAGUGCUCCCAGUAACAGACCAGAGCUCCCCGUUAGUCUCCGAGCAGCUUUCCACACUCCCUUCUUUUUUCACUCUCACACACACAAAUGUUUCAGUUCUACUUAUUGACUGUUUCAACAGGAUGUACAUCCUUUUUUUUAUUAUUACAUCAGUUUCAUAUGGUGGAGGGAUCAUUUUGAUUUUUUUUCCAAUUUUGGUUUGUGUGCCGUACAUCAAUAACCAUAAGGUGUGAGAACUCCACAGCGCUGCCUGCUGGUCUCAGUCCAUACUGCAGCCGUCAAUCUUUAAUUUUUAUAAGGGGCCGCUGGUAGUUUCCAGCAGAAAGCCAAGAGGUUUUAACAUUCUACAUUAAAUAUUGAAUGUAAUUAAAAUUCCAUGAUUGGUUGACAUUGAGAGUUUUAAAGAAAACUCCGAACUACUGCUAUGUUACUAAUACUCACAAAGCUUUUCCCAUUACAUUUUACCCCAAUAUUCUGGUUGAAACGCAUUCAUACUUUUUUUUUUCUUUACCACGGUGCCUUAAAUAAUCUGCGUGCAGCGCAAACUCAAAGACGGCGCACGAGUCUGUGCGGCGUCUUUGAGGGUUCUCAGCAGAACCGGUCGAGCAGAACUCCCAACAGCGUGCCGACGAGUUACGUGACACGGAGGAGGAACUCAGUAAAGCAGCCGCUGGCUAGACUUUCAGGUAGACUGAGUCGAGUGUUUAUCUGGAACUUCAGUCCGGAUGGUUUGGUGAGUGCUGUGAUUGCUGGAGGCGAAGUCAAUCAAAGUAACACGAUGGCAUUAGUCCAAUGGCAUUGUUUUGGAUUUUUUCCUAAAUGUAUUAUUGAAAAUUGUAGAAAGAUUUGCUAAUAUCGUACAGCUGGAAUGCAGAAAAGCUACUACUAUUCCAAACUGCUUUUGUAUAUUUUUACAAUUUGAAUCUCAAUGAUAACACCGUGGUUAGCUUUGGUUGGCUGGCUCGGAUCCAGAGCGCCAUUAUGCAAGCUUGCAUCAUGUAAAGAAGUCUUGACCCACCCCAGUGAGUCUCACAGCGCUGCGCUAUUGGAGAAGAACGAGAGGGGUGAUGACAGGGCGGGGAGGAAUGGAAGUUAUCACGUGAAAGGACAUGUCAGCUCUGGGACGGGCUUCAGGAGACAGUACCCGCACUCACGUGUCUCUGUCCUCUUCUCGGCUCGUGUUCCCGUUGAAUGGCCACUGGGGCAGAGAGCCCCACCCCACCCCAACCCCAAGCAACAAUGCAACUGGCUCAAAGCGUCCCUCCACCGCUGAAAAGAUGGCAGUUGCUCCACUCCUGCACCUCCCUUCAGGCGCACACAGAUGUAUAUUGAAAGGAUUAGCAAAGAGCAACAGAUUUGCCAGCUGGUCUCCUGAAGGACUGAUUUGUAUGGAAGUGUGAUGCUACUUUUGGGAAAGUUGCAAUGUUGCCUUUUCUUUUUAAGAAAAGGUUUGUUUUUUUUAAAUGUAUGAUGCAACACGUAUGAUGCAACGCAUAUGAUGCAAUACCUAUUGUAUGUUCAGUGUGAUGUGCCCACAUGGAGACGAGGGCCCCCGGCACCGCCUUCAUCUUGUACAGCUGUGUUGUUUUAGACGUAUUUGAAAUGUACACCAUAAUCAUCAAUGUGCCUUCAUGUGUCAUGACAUUCUACUCGUGUUUUAUUGGAAUAUAAUGAUGUGCAUUGUUUCCAAUCUGUAAUAGAAUGUUUGUGUUCCGUGGCUUUUUCGAUGUUUUUCUUUUUCUUUUUUUUUUACAACUUGAGGAAUUUUACAUCUCCUUUCUCUAGUGUUUUUUUUGUUCAUUCUCUCCCUCUGUGAGCGUGACGGCAUUCCAGAGGCCAUCGUCUGGCUGUUGGCAGGCUCACUGGUGGUGCAGCUCUCCUGCAGCGCAGUGUGAUGUUUUAGCAGGUGUAUGUGCUGCAUAUUUUAGCGGAUCGGGCAGCCCACAUUCCUGCCCCACAGGGCUUUGCUGGGGCCCCCCUCCGUUCCCAGCAUGCUUUGCUCCACCUGAACGGGUGGGGCCCCCAGUCCAGCUGAAAAACCAGGAUCUGUUUUGCUCCUAGAGCGGCCCUGCUCCGCGGGGUGAGGGGGGGGAAGGUUACAUGACAUGUGAUAUAGAUGAAAAACAAAGUGAUAUAUUAACAGAUGAUAUUUAACAAUAAAGUUCAGAGUGGUGUCUUACA